AUGCUUUUUGCAAAUCAGGCACAGCAAGUGCUUCGAGAAGGAGCGUCGGAGGAGAAGGGAGAGCGCGCGCGUUUGAUGAAUAUUAUGGGUGCUAUUUCUGUUGCAGAUAUCGUAAAAACAACAUUGGGCCCCAAAGGCAUGGACAAAAUUCUUCAGGGUAUGGAUCGCACUCAAAGUGUACGUGUAACAAACGACGGUGCCACUAUUCUAAAGUCGCUUUUUAUGGAUAAUCCGGCAGGAAAGAUUUUGAUUGACAUGAGUAAAACUCAGGAUGAUGAAGUUGGAGAUGGUACAACCAGUGUAACUGUACUUGCUGGUGAACUCCUUCGCAAUGCCGAAAAACUCCUUGAUCAAUCUAUUCAUCCACAAACUAUUAUUGAAGGAUACCGCCUUGCUACUCAUGUAGCCCGUGAGGCUCUUGUUGCAUCAGCUGAAGAUCACGGUCAUGAUGAAAAAAUGUUCUACGAUGAUCUUUUGCGCAUUGCAAAAACGACAUUGAGCUCCAAAAUCAUUACGGUUGAAAAGGAUCAUUUCGCCAAACUUUGUGUGGAUGCCGUGUUACGGUUGAGGGGAAGUGGAAACCUUGAGAUGAUUAACAUUAUGAAAAAACUUGGAGGGACUCUUGGCGACAGCUAUCUUGAACCGGGUUUCUUGUUGGAUAAGAAAAUUGGUAUUGGUCAACCUCGUUACCUUGAAAACGCAAAGAUAUUGGUUGCCAAUACUCCCAUGGAUACCGACAAAAUUAAGAUAUUUGGAGCCAAGGUGCGUGUCGAUAGCGUAGCGCAGCUUGCGGAAGUGGAGGCUUCGGAAAAAGAAAAAAUGAAAAACAAAUGCAUGAAAAUAAUUAAACAUGACAUUAAUUGUUUUAUCAACCGCCAGCUGAUCUAUAAUUAUCCGGAGGAAAUUUUUGCUCAGCAUGACAUUAUGGCCAUCGAACAUGCGGACUUUGAAGGAAUUGAGCGACUUGCCAAAGCUCUUGGGGCUGAUGUGCUUUCUCAAUUUGACGAAACAGAAAAAGUUAAAUAUGGGUUUGCACAGAAAAUUGAUGAAAUUAUGAUUGGUGAAAGCACAGUCAUUCGUUUUUCUGGUCUUCCUCAGGGUGAGGCAUGUACUAUUGUUGUUCGUGGAACAUCACAACAUAUUUUGGAUGAAGCAGAGCGUUCUAUUCAUGAUGCACUUUGUGUUAUUUCACAAACCAUAAAUGAAACCCGGACAGUAUUGGGAGCAGGAUGUUCGGAGUUUGUGAUGGCACGAGCGGUAGAGGAAAGAGCAAAGAAAACACCGGGUAAGAGACAGCUUGCAAUGCUUGCUUUUGCCAAUGCCCUUUGCACUCUCCCAGCCAUCAUCGCCGAUAAUGCCGGUCUAGACAGUAAUGACUUGGUUACUCGAUUACAAGCGGCACAUUACCAAGGAAACAAUACUUUUGGUAUUGAUGUUGUGAAGGGUGACGUGGCCGACGUGAAAGCACUCGGUAUCACAGAAUCUUUCAAGGUCAAGAACUCGGUGUUGGGCUAUGCUGCAGAAGCUGCGGAAAUGAUUCUUCGUGUGGAUGAUGUUCUUCGGGCUGUUCCACGCAGAAGAACACAAUAG